GACACGCGACCUCUGGUCGAUCUGCGGUUUGAUCGAAGCGGCACACGUGACAAACUGCGAAACCCACGAGAGCGGACACGCGACGCCUAACCUUUUUCGGAGCACGCCGGGCAAUCGGAAGGAAAAAUGUCGUGGCUGUUCGGAUACCGGAGCCAACAACCGCCGCAGGAUUUCUCACAAUACGUGCAACCACCAGCGGCUGGUGGCAGUGGCGACGGCGGUGGCGGCGGCGGCGGUUCCCCGCCGAAGAGCGGCGGCUCUCAGGCGAAGAGUCUUCCAAUGGAGGCGUACAGGUUUGACUCCAGCGCGCUGGAACGAGCCGCCGCGGCCGCCAGGGACCUCGAGCGAUCCAAGUUUGCCAAAGAAGCGCUGGACCUGUCUAAAAUGCAAGAGAGCACAAAGCAAGUAGAGAUGCAGACAGAAUUCAAAAAAUACGAAGCCAGCAUCGAGCAGCUUAAAGCAGAGCAAAAACGGGUGGAGGGUGAGGAAAGAAGGAAAACUAUACAGGAGGAGACGAAGCAGCAUCAGAUGAGGGCACAGUACCAAGACCAGUUAUCUAGAAAGCGUUAUGACGAUCAAUUAAUACAGCAACAAAAAAUGAACGAUGAAAACUUGAGAAGACAGGAGGAGUCAGUAGCCAAGCAGGAGGCCAUGAGGAAGGCUACGAUAGAACACGAGAUGGAUUUGAGGUAUAAGAACGAGAUGAGGAAGUUGGAGGCGGAGAUGAAGGCGAAAGCAAAGAUCGACAGGGAGAAUCAGGAUCUGAACCUGGAAAAAAUCCGAUUGAAAGCGUCCGAAAACAGGAUCACCGUUUUGGAGUCUAUAAAGACAGCUGGCUCAGUAUUAGGCACUGGGGCGAAAGCCCUGCUCAGCGAUUGGGACAAGAUCCUCGCGGCGGCGGGUGGCCUGUCCCUCGUAGCCCUCGGAAUAUACACUGCCAAGGGAUCGACCAGCAUGACGGUCCGCUACAUCGAGUCACGCUUGGGCAAACCGUCGCUGGUGCGCGAGACCUCGAGAUUCGCGUUUCUCGACUCUAUCCGGCACCCGGUCGAAGCCGUAAAGAGGCUGAGGAACAAACAGGCCGACGCGCUGUCCGACAUGGUUCUGGCGCCGAAGCUUGAGGAGAGGCUACGCGAUAUCGCGAUAGCUACGAAGAACACGAAGCGUAACAGCGGCAUAUACGGGAACAUUCUGAUGCACGGGCCACCGGGCACCGGCAAGACGAUGUUCGCGAAGAAGUUGGCCAAGUACUCGGGCAUGGACUACGCGAUCAUGACGGGCGGCGACCUCGCGCCGCUAGGCAGGGACGGCGUAACGGAGAUACACAAGCUGUUCGACUGGGCGUUAACGUCGCGCAAGGGGCUGCUGCUGUUCAUCGACGAGGCGGAGGCGUUCCUGCGAAAACGCUCGAGCGAGCGUAUCUCGGAGGACCUGCGGGCGAUGCUGAACGCGUUUUUGUACCGUACUGGCGAACAGAGCGACAAGUUCAUGCUGGUACUCGCGUCGAACACGCCCGAGCAGUUCGACUGGGCGGUGAACGACCGACUGGAUCAGAUGGUCGAGUUUCGUCUUCCGGAUCGCGAAGAGCGUGAGCGUCUAGUUCGCCUUUACUUCGAUAAGUACAUCCUGCAACCGGCGAUCGAGGGUAAAGGUAGACUAAAAGUCGCGCAAUUCGACUACAGUUCGCUGUGCAGCAAACUGGCGGACUUGACUAAAGGGAUGUCCGGUAGAGAAUUGUCGCAGCUUGGCGUGAUCUGGCAAAAGGCUGCCUAUACCUCGGAAGAUGGCGUGCUGACGGAGAAAAUGGUGAUGGAUCGCUGUCUCGAGACUGUAAACGAACACAAACAAAAGGUACACUGGCGAAGUAGACAAGAAAAGCAAGACUGGAAGUCUAUACAAGCUGCAGAGAAUAAUAUGGCUGUUCGGUCCAAUCGGAGACGCCGAAAACUCUUGCAAGCUCCGCUUGAGGACAAGCACAAUAAAACUAGUUUAGGUUGUAAGGACGCAGCCGUUGAUGGUGUUUGAGAAAUCGGGAUAAUAGCAAAGGUAGUAUUUUAAGGAGAUGGAAAAGUACAAAUUCCGCCGAAAAAAAGGAGAUUAUUCCGGCGAUCUUUGUAUUUAUUACGGUACGCAGGCCCUCCGUCAUCAGCAAGUUUGCUUGGAGUUCGACCGUUACAAAUGUCGCUUGUUACUAAUGUACAUUUGUAUAGAAUUAUUAAAUACUUCUGCAUUCACCUCUU